UGGGUGCGCAGUGAAUAGCAGUACUCAUAGCUUACAAAAUGCAUAUAAAUAUUGAAUUUAACUCUCAAUUCACUGUUUUAUUACUAUUAUUCGUGAUUACGGUUUAAAAGCAAAGUUACGUAAAGAUUAAGUCAUGUAAACGUCAACUCAUUAAUGCAUUCAUUGAGACACUCAUACGCUUUGUGUUUGUCUUCCAGUGAUUGAAGUUUUAUUGAAUUAGUUUUUUCGAUAUUUAUUGUUAUAAUUAGAAGUGAAUAGAUUUGGAGUAAAUCUAAAGAAUUGGUGUAAAAUAUUAGUUUCAAUGAAAAGAGUUGCGAUGCCUUACAGGAGAACGACUGCCAUCAGGUAUUCAGACCCCGGAAUCAUCGACGAGAAGGUGUUUCAGUUGCAGAGGAUUUUGGCCACAACUCAGACGAGUCACAGCAGAUUUGGACCCGGAUUCUCGUUGUUGGGCAACAAUUACGGCUCCGCAGCCAUACCCUCCGCCACACUCUGCCCCACACACAGAAUCCAUUUGGGCAUUGAUUGCGAUGAAGUCUUUCCCAACGUAUUCAUCGGCGAUGAACGAAGCGUCCGAAAUAAGCCGUUCCUCAAAAUGAUUGGUAUAACACAUGUCGUGAAUUGCGCGGAAGGAAGCGGUUUCACAAUGGUUUCGACGGGUAGUGGCUAUUAUGCGGACGUCGGUAUCAAAUACAUCGGCAUUAAUGUGCUGGACGUGCCUCAGGCCAGGAUCUCAGCCCACUUUCACGAGUGCGCAAACUUUAUGGACAAAGCGAUCCGAGAGGGAGGGAAAGUGAUUGUCCACUGCUAUAUGGGUUUGAGUCGGUCCGCGACCAUCACUAUUGCAUAUCUCAUGAUUAAGAAACAGAUGAGCGCCGAAGAGGCCGUCAGGACUGUCCGCAGGAAUCGGGAAAUACGACCGAACGACGGCUUUUUGCGCCAAUUGUUAGCAUUGGAGUCAAAGUUAUCCAAAGAGUGACACAAAUUGAUGGCAUAUUUUUUGGAGGAAUAUAUGUUUGGCGAAGCAAAUAAAAUAAUAUAUGCAUAAACUUUAAAGUUAACCAUUUUCUCAGAUUUCAAUAUAUAUAUAUAUACGACUAUUAAUAACUGCGAUAAUACAAUUGUAAUAACAAACAAACGGACAAACGGUUUCUUUUUACAAAAUAUAUAAUUUUUAUCCAUUUUUGAAAUUAGUUUUAACAACAAAACAAAAAAAAAAGAGAAUUAUAUUAUAAUAACAGUCAU